GAGUGCGUGGGCGUGCGUAGGAGGGCAGGGCGGUGGCGAGGGCGGCGGCGGCGGCCGCCUCGGCGCCUACUACCCGCGCUUCGCCGGCGGCGCGCCCAACUGGUCGUUCGUGUUCGACCCCGCGGGCCGCCUCUGCUACUACUGGUCCAUGGUGGUGUCACUCGCCUUCCUCUACAACUUCUGGGUCAUCAUCUACCGCUUCGCCUUCCAGGAGAUAAACGGUGAGACGUUAGUGGUGUGGUUCUGCCUGGAUUACUUGGCCGACUUCCUGUACUUGGCCGACAUCGUCUUCCACUUUCGCACGGGGUACCUCGAGGACGGCGUUCUGCAGACGGACGCCACCAAACUGCGCCAGCACUACAUGAACUCGACCACGUUCUACAUCGACUGCCUCUGCCUGCUGCCGCUAGACUUCCUCUACCUCUCCAUCGGCUACAACUCCAUGCUGCGCUCCUUCCGCCUCGUCAAGAUCUACCGCUUCUGGGCGUUCAUGGACCGCACGGAGCGACACACCAACUACCCCAACCUCUUCCGCUCCACGUCGCUCAUCCACUACUUGCUGGUGAUCUUCCACUGGAACGGCUGCCUGUACCACAUCAUCCACAAGAACGACGGCUUCGGUUCGCGCAACUGGGUGUUCCCGGACGGCGGGGAGGCGGCGGCGCCCGACGUGGUGCGCCAGUACCUGCAGAGCUACUACUGGUGCACGCUGGCGCUCACCACCAUCGGCGACCUGCCGCGGCCGCGCUCCAAGGGCGAAUACCUCUUCGUCAUCCUGCAGCUGCUCUUCGGCCUGCUGCUGUUCGCCACGGUGCUGGGCCACGUGGCCAACAUCGUCACCAGCGUCAGCGCCGCGCGCAAGGAGUUCCAAGCUAAGCUCGACGGCGUCAAAACGUAUAUGCGCAUGCGUCGGGUGCCAGCCGAGCUACAACUGAAGGUCAUCAAAUGGUUCGACUACCUGUGGCUCACGCAGAAGUGCUCCGACGAGGAGAAGGCUGUUUCCUGCUUGCCUGAUAAGCUGAAGGCGGAGAUAGCCAUCAACGUGCACCUGGACACGCUGAAGCGCGUGGAGAUCUUCCAGAACACGGAGGCCGGCUUCCUGUGCGAGCUGGUGCUGCGGCUGCGGCCGGUGCUCUUCUCGCCCGGCGACUACAUCUGCAGGAAGGGAGAAGUGGGCAAGGAGAUGUACAUCGUGAACCGCGGGCGGCUGCAGGUGGUGGCCGACAACGGAAAGACAGUGCUGGCCACGCUCAAGGCGGGCUCCUACUUCGGGGAGAUCUCCAUCCUCAACAUGGGCACCGCAGGCAACCGUCGCACGGCGUCGGUGCGCUCCGUGGGGUACAGCGACCUGUUCGUGCUCUCCAAGAAGGACAUGUGGGACGUGCUGAAGGAGUACCCGGCGGCGCGCGUGCGCCUCGAAGCCAUCGCCGUCAAGCGCCUCGAAAAGUACAAGCGCGCGCCGCUAGAGCGAGAGCUGUGUCUUGACGCCAAGAAAUCCAUAUGUUAA